AUGCCAGCAGUGUUAGAUAGACCGAAGACUUAUAAGAAGCCAACCUUGGAGGACGUUGAUCCCACUAUUAAUUACAUUCCUGCAGUAGUACGCGAUAAGCUUACGCAUGAGUCACAGGAGAUGCUCCAGCGACUCCGCAAGUUCGUGGAUAUUGAAUGUUUGGGGAAAGAGAAACUGUAUCUGCGUGAAUUGCAAGCGCAUGGGUAUGAAAGCGAGCAAUGCCCCACGGUGCAGCUUCUUCGCACUCGCGCCGAAGAGCUCGACCUUCAACAGCUCUACGUCAGGAAGAGAGUCUUCGACAACCAGGAGCCGUUCUAUGAAAACCGCUUGAGUAUGCUGGAAUAUUGCAUGGCGAGCUUUUUCCUCGGUAAGUCACAGUUGGCACAAGCGGUCAUGCAUGCACACUGUUCGAUGGUCAAUGUUGGAGCCAUGGAGCUACUUUUGCGUCAUGGCUCCCCAGAACAGUUGAGCCUUUUUUUGAGUCCAAUGAUAUCUGCGCAGUUACAUUCGAGUUUCAUGGUUAGCGAAAGCGAAGUUUCCAGCUCCGACGCGCUCAAUGUCAGCACAACCUGCAAAAUAGACGAUUCAAACGGCACAAUGACUUUAAAUGGAUCAAAGUGGUUUGUAACAUCUUUGGAGGACAAUAAGUGUGAACUAUGGCUUCUACUUGCUGUAACCGAAUUUGAUGAAGGGAAUAUAUACAAACGGCAUUCAGUGGUACUCUUAGACAAGGACGCUAUAAAAUCUGAAGGAAUAACCUAUGAACGUAUUGAUACAGGCGGGCCCAACUCCAUCACAGACAGCAAUAAAUACUACCGUGUGCAAUUCAAAAAUGCAGUAGUCCCAUUAAACAUCCUAGGCCAGAGAGGUGAAGGCUUUUCGAUGGUGCAAACCAGGACUAGUUUAGCAAAACUAUACCAAUGCAUGAAGCUCUGCGGAACCGGUCAUGAAGCCCUCCGCUUGGCGCAAUUACGUGCCUCUAGCCGAAAGGUUUUCGGCUCGAAGUUACAAAAGACAGACACAUUCAAAACUGACGUUGCCACUUGGAAAAUCAAAAUUGAAGUUUGCAAGCUGCUUUGUUGCAACGCAGCUGUUCGUUGUCAGGUAGAGGGUAUUAAGGUGGCACGCGAUGACAUAGCGAUGGCCAAGAUAUAUACACCACGCGAAAUGAGCGAAUUAGUAAACUGGUCUAUUCAAAUACACGGCGCCCUGGGACUCUGUACCUUGGAAUCCCCGCUACUCCAUAUGUGGCAUAGCUGCAGGGCAACACGCAUUAACGAGGGCCCAGACGAAGCUCUUCUUUCCCAACUGGGUAAGCUCGAAAUCUCUAACUUCGCUAAGAAUCAAAAAACCUGGGACGACGAGUUGGCCAAGGCCAAAUCCUCUUAA